UAACUAACAGCGGUCGAACAACAGAUCGCGGAAAUAAUGCUGCUGAAUCUCUCUUGUCUAUAUUUGAUUUCUCUUUGUUUUCGAUAAAUAGGCAAACCAUUUUAAAACGUUACAGAAUAAGGAACUGUCAACUCACUGCAUUUAAAAAAUAGGCAUUUUAGCAGCUCAGGAUGGCUUUGGUCCCCUAUGAUGAGAAUGUACUUCCUGCUCUGUCAAAGCUUCACCAGACUUCAGCUGAAUUUAAUCUGGCCAAUCACAGGAUCAGACUCAGCCAGGACUGGAAGCGAUUGGGUGUCGCUGCUGUGGUCUGGGACGCAGCUGUAGUGCUCUGCAUGUUCCUGGAGAUGGGAAACGUGGAUCUGAAAGGAAAGAAGGCUAUUGAGCUUGGAGCCGGCACAGGUUUGGUGGGCAUUGUAGCAGCUCUGCUUGGUGCCAAUGUGACAAUUACAGACCGAAAACCUGCCUUGGAAUUUCUGACGGCCAAUGUGCGUGAAAACAUUCCUCCCAGCCAGCAGGGGGCGGUACAGGUAUCUGAACUUACCUGGGGUGAGAAUCUAGAUCUGUAUCCCUCAGGCAGCUUUGAUCUGAUACUGGGAGCCGACAUUGUUUACCUGGAAGAGACGUUUCCUGCUCUCCUGCAGACUCUUGAACACCUGAGCUCGGAGAACACGGUGGUGUUGUUGUCCUGUCGGAUUCGAUAUGAGAGAGAUGAGCGGUUCCUGACGGAGCUACGGCAGAGGUUCUCUGUGCAGGAGGUUCAUUAUGACUCUCAAAGGGACAUUCACAUUUACAGAGCCGUGAAGAACAGGACCAACACCGAACUGUAAGAGCUGGUAUUGAGGAAACUUUGGGUAGAGCUUCCUGUUUGUAAUUCAAAGCAUUUUAAGCUUGAUAAAACCUAUACUGAAGGUGAUUAAAUGACAAUAUUUAACAGGA